AAUCAAUGAGCGUUUCGAUGUCCCUCGUACAGGGUGGUGCUGCUGGUGGUGCGCCCCAGGGCGCCAGCGCAAUCUUGGCCGCAGCGGCUCCCUACUAUCAGCCGCCGGCGGUGCCGCAGGACGUCCAACCGGAUCGUCCCAUCGGCUAUGGAGCAUUCGGAGUUGUCUGGGCCGUCACAGAUCCCCGGGAUGGACGACGAGUGGCCCUCAAGAAGCUGCCAAAUGUAUUCCAAUCGCUGGUCUCAUCGAAGCGCGUUUUCCGUGAACUCAAAAUGCUAUGCUUCUUCAAGCACGAGAACGUUCUUUCGGCCUUGGAUAUUCUACAGCCGCCGCAUUUGGAUUUCUUCCAAGAAAUCUAUGUGAUAACGGAGCUCCUGCAAUCGGAUCUGCACAAGAUAAUAGUGUCGCCGCAGCACCUGUCCGCCGACCACAUCAAGGUGUUCCUCUAUCAGAUCCUGCGCGGUCUCAAGUAUCUACACUCGGCCCGCAUCCUGCAUCGCGACAUCAAGCCCGGCAAUCUGCUCGUCAACUCCAACUGUGUCCUCAAGAUCUGCGAUUUUGGUCUGGCCCGUGUCGAGGAGCCCGACCAGGCCAAGCACAUGACCCAGGAGGUGGUCACCCAGUACUAUCGGGCACCGGAGAUUCUAAUGGGCGCCCGCCAUUACUCCUCGGCGGUGGAUGUGUGGUCGGUGGGGUGUAUUUUUGGCGAGCUACUCGGACGGCGUAUUCUCUUCCAGGCACAGAAUCCGGUCCAGCAGCUGGAGCUCAUCACAGAGCUGCUGGGCACGCCCACCAUGGAGGAUAUGCGUCAUGCCUGCGAGGGUGCUCGCACCCACAUGCUGCGCCGUGCCCCCAAGCCGCCUUCCUUCUCGGUGCUCUACACCCUCAGCUCCCAUGCCACACACGAAGCGGUGCACUUGCUCUGCCAGAUGCUGGUCUUUGAUCCGGACAAGCGCAUUUCUGUGACGGAUGCCUUGGCGCAUCCGUAUCUGGACGAGGGUCGCCUGCGUUACCAUUCCUGUAUGUGCAAGUGCUGCUUUACGACCUCGGCUGGAAUGCGGCAGUACACGGCCGACUUUGAGCCCUCCGCCGGCCAGCCCUUCGAUGAUCUAUGGGAGCGUAAGCUGACAUCCGUGCAGCAGGUCAAGGAGGAGAUGCACAAGUUCAUAGCCGAGCAGCUGCAAACGGGUCGAGUGCCGCUCUGCAUCAAUCCGCAGAGUGCGGCCUUCAAGAGCUUCGCCAGUUCGACUGUGGCACAUCCCUCGGAGCUGCCACCGUCGCCUCAUCAAUGGGAAUGACGGCAAAAUGAGGCGAUUGCUGCCUAAAACCGAAACAAAAGCAACUCAGCCAAACAAUAAGCCCUCGCCGCAGGACUAGAGGAUCCCCAAGUCCAACUCCCUUCCCCUACAAAAUUCAAUCCAAAUCAACAGAAACCCAGAGGAUGUGCAACGCAGCCAGAGGAACAACGUUUAAAUCAUUUUUUAAGCGCCAAUCACAGCUUUUAAGCGGCGUUUGUCUGUUUAAGAGUUGAUGCAUUCCACCACCGAAAACAUAACUAAACGAAAACAAAAAUAUUUAAUAAUAUUAUAGACAAACAAAUAUGUAACGUAACUCAACUGAAACUAGUCUAAACGAAAACAAAAACAAAACAAAACAAAACGAAAGCAAGCAAUUGUAGUUAAAAAGCAGCAGCAGAGACACAAAACCCGCAAGUUACAACAAACAAAACACAAGUAACAAGCAAGUAACAAAAUUAAAAGCUAAAAUCUUAAAAAAAAAUUGAGAGCAGAUCGGGAGCAGUUUCUACGCACUAACUGCAAAGCGUAGAGGUCUUAAAUAAUGUUAAUUUAUUGGCAACAAAGAGUAUGUACAUUUUGUUGUGCUUGACGAGAAUUGGAUCGAUUUAGAUCGAACUUCGAAUUCGAAUUCAACAAAACAAACAAAAAAACACACAAACAAACAAACAAAAUGUUUUAUGUUAAGCUCCUAAGAAAAUCUAUGUAUAUGUAAAUUGAUUAGCAACACACAGACAUCGUAUUCAUUAUAUAUAUUAAUAUCGCUUAACUAUUAAAUAUAUCGAUAUAUAUAUUUAAAAUAAAAUAGUAACGAAAUGCACACAAAUCCCAAAAUUUGUUUGCCAAAAUUUACCUCAAAGCGAGCAAAAACCGAAAGCGAAUAGCUAUUUCAGCCACGAAAUGAUAAAUUGAUUUUCUGUUAGCUUACGAUUAAUAAAUACAUAUAAAGUAUGAAAACUAAAUCUAAUUAUGUGUAGCAGCAGCUAAAGUGUUGCACGAAAUGUUUAACUAAUAUGCUGUCUAAUUUUAUUUGAAAUUUUGCAACUACUUUCAUUUAAAAACAAAAAAAAAAAAAAACAUUUGAAGCUUCAAUUUUGAAACUGGUUUCUAGAUGUAUACUGACUAAGCGACGGUCAGAGUUUCCACAACUCGUAUAUAUACACCUAUAUAUAUAUAUAUAUAUAGCAACUAUAAGCUGACCCAAACUCAUUAUUAGAAAAAAACAAAAACACUUACGAAAACCAUUUGAUGAAAUUAGUUCAAAGUUUCAACUGUCGACUGAACAAAAAUUACAAUACAUAAAUUAAUAUUAAACGAAUUAAAUUAAAAGAUUUCAUCUUACUUUAGUUAUGACAAAUUUCGCUUUGAUAAUAGUUUUUUAAGCUUAUUAACCAUAUUUUUAAAUAAAAAAAAACAUAAACUAACACAACACCGACAAAGGAAAAACCAACAAGUGGACGACACACUGCCCCCCAGUGAAUGGUCCAGUCGGUCGAACCCAAACGGAUGCAAAGUUAAUAUCUUUGUGCCCUAAGAUGGUAUACCGGCUGGAUGAAUUCGAUUUUAGUUGAUAUAUAUACUUUGCUUUUAGUUGAUUACCAUGUAAUAUAGUUUAAUUUUCGACUAACUACACUUCUGUCUCUCUCAAUGCUCAUUGCUAUUGACUAUAUAGCUAGGGUGCAGGACAGGAUCGGUUAUAGAGGAUCAAUUGCAACGGCUUCGGCUACCCCGAACAUUAUAUGUUUAAGACUGAGUUUUCUCAUUUGACGAUUGAUUAAUUGAGGAUAUGCAAUAUAAAAAUUCAACUUUGGUUCACACGAAGGACACGGAGGAGUCUAAAUAAAAAAAAUUCGAUCUAGCCCAUAAGCACUAAACGAAAUUAAACCACAAUGUAUACCGACUAUACAUAUAUAUGUGUCUGUGCAUUUUGCAUUUGUAAUUCGAAUGUCCUUUGUCUUCAAUGUUUAGAGCAAGAAAUUAUGAAAAAAAAAAUUAAAAAUAAAAUGCAUGAAUAAAUAUAUAUAUAUGUUUAUAAUCGAUGAGAAAAAAUACCAUUUAUGAUGUAGAUGAAGAAAAGCUCUCGAAGAAAAUUAAAAAAAACUGAAGCUAAACUAACACUUUUCCUCCACUUGAAUUCUCGUAACUGUGCUGCUUUCUUAUGUAUGUAGUUAUUAAUUAUAGCAUUAUAUAUAUAUUAACCGAUAUAUAUAAAUGUAUGGAUUAGCAUAAAAAAAAAAACAAAAACAAAAACAAACGAAAAAACAAAAGAUAUAUGAAUUCAAAACUUUCACGGAGAUCUCAUAGCAAAAACAAAACGAAAUGAAAGAAAAGCAAAGGAAAUCGGUGUGCAAGAAAGUAGAGUUUCUUUUCAACUUUUGUUUAUAACUAAAGUUUUUCUUACCCAUUUAUAUAUAUGUAUAUGUAUAGAGAGUACCGAUUAGAGAUUACCAGCAGUUUGUUUUUUUUUCGUCACCUCAUUUGAUCCGAGACACUGACACUGACACACCCACUCGAAUGCUAAUUUGACAUUUACCUUAAAAUAAUAAAGAAAAAAAAAGAUUAAACAAAACAUCAUCUUACAUCUUUAAGCACAUUACUCCCCCUAGUUAUGUAGAGCUACACAUAUAUGGUUAGUUAGUUUUCGUUCAGCUUAGGCACCGUGUACAUAACAUUAUCUCCAGAUCCCCCACCAACAUAUACAGCCCACAUCUCUCUAUCUGCGACUAGAACAAGUAAGACAAGACAGUUAGCCAGCUACUAACUAACUUUGAGGAAAUUACGAGUACGAUAAGUAAUGGACAUGUACAUUAUACUACACUUACACUUACACUUGGCACCAUCUUGGUCUAAACUUGGACAAGAAAACAGAAAAGUAAUUCUCACUAACCCCUAUAUGAUGUCUGAUUCGGGGGGGAAAAUAAUCCCAAAUUCUUUUCCCCACCUGAUGGCUAUAUGAGUUCAUUAGUUAAGAUCAAACGAAACUCUAAACUGCAUUAGUAUUUGACUUGUAAACCAAUUUAUGGAGCCCCUAAGGAUCAUUCUAAACUAUAUAUAUACCUAUAUAUAUAUUAGAUACGUAUUAUGCAUUAAUUUACGUUAACUGAGAAUAAAAACAAAAAAAUUGUGUAAACUGU